AACCGAAAAACGAACAAAAAAGAAAUUAGCCAUUAGCCCUCAGGACUAGAACUUCUGAGCUCCCUCCUAUCAAAAUAGUCUCUUCCUGGACAUGAACUACUGACUGCUGCAAAAUUGAAGCCUCCCUGAGAGCAAUUACAUGAAAAUGUAACUUCUUUUUAUCUAAACCUACACUGUCGCCUCUCUUUCUUCUCUUUCAACUUCCUCAACUACAACAAAGGCAAUCCCUUUGGGCAAUUUACCGAAAACAAAAUAAAAAUCGACGGAGAAGAUCAAGAGAAGAAAUAGGCGUAUCUCCAGCUCCUCUGCUGCGGCAGCUGCAAGUGCAAGAUGUGCUGCUAAUUGUUAAGCUGGUUUGGUAGUAUUUUUUACGGUAAGGAUCUACAGCCCUAUGGCUAUUGUUGAAUUUAUAGGGGAUCUUCCAGUUCAAGAUCCACCAGAAGAGGAGUUCUCUGCUGCUGAUUUGACUUGGACCAAAUUUGGCACUGCUGAGCACCAUGAUGAUGCAGCCCUCAUUCCAUAUGAUCGAGUGGAUGAAUUUAUAAUUGGCGAAGGCUCAAAUUUAGAGUGCCCAACAAGGUUUCAUAUUGAGAGAGGAAGAAAAAGAAAGAUGGGCAGUUUAAAGGAAUACAAGGACGAUGAGUAUUUGGAAUAUAGGAUGUAUUGGUGUUCUUUUGGUCCUGAAAAUUAUGGGGAAGGAGGAAGUAUAUUGCCUAGCAGAAGAUAUCGCCUCAACACCCGCAAUCGUGCUGCUAGACCUCAAUCCAUGCGGGGCUGUACAUGCAAUUUUGUAGUGAAACGUUUGUAUGCCCGUCCAUCACUUGCACUAAUUAUAUAUCAUGAGAGGCGCCAUGUGAACAAAUCUGGUUUUGUUUGCCAUGGCCCACUUGACAGAGAUGCAAUUGGACCCGGAGCAAAGACAGUUCCAUAUAUCUGUAAUGAGAUCCAACAACAAACAAUGUCAAUGAUCUACCUGGGCAUUCCAGAAGAAAAUAUACUAGAGAAACACAUUGAGGGGAUUCAGCGAUAUUGUGGUUCAAAUGCAAAAGUCAAUAGCCUUGCUUCCCAGUACGUCCACAAACUUGGGAUGAUUAUUAAACGGUCUACCCAUGAAUUGGAUCUUGAUGAUCAAGCUAGCAUCCGCAUGUGGGUUGAACGCAAUAAAAAAUCCAUAUUCAUAUAUCAGGAUACUUCAGAAAAAGAUUCUUUCAUUCUGGGGAUUCAAACAGAGUGGCAGCUGCAACAAAUGAUUCGUUUUGGCCAUUGCAGUCUCAUUGCAGCUGAUUCAACAUUCGGCAUAAAGAGACUUAAGUAUCCUUUGUGCACACUUCUUGUCUUUGACUCAAGACAACACGCACUCCCUGUCGCAUGGGUCAUCACACGUAGCUUUGCAAAGCCAGAUGUGUCUAAAUGGAUGAAAGCUCUACUUGAUCGAGCUCGUAGUGUUGAGCCUGGAUGGAAGAUCAGUGGGUUUUUAAUUGAUGAUGCAGCAGCUGAGACUGAUCCCAUCAGAGAUAUCUUUUGUUGUCCCAUACUAUUUUCCCUCUGGCGCGUUCGUAGAUCAUGGCUGAGGAAUAUUGUAAAGAAAUGCAAUAACAUUGAAGUUCAGCGGGAAAUUUUUAAACGUCUGGGUAACAUUGUGUAUGGCAUUUGGGGUGGAAAUGGUACCCUGGGUGCCUUAGAAGAACUAACCCAAGAAUUUGUUGAUCAGACAGCUUUUAUGGAAUAUUUUAAGAGCUCUUGGGUACCUAAGAUUGAAAUGUGGCUUUCGACUAUGAGAAGUCUUCCACUUGCAAGCCAGGAGGCAUCUGGUGCUAUUGAAGCGUAUCAUGUGAAGAUGAAAGUGAAAUUAUUUGAUGAUUCACAUCUUGGAGCACUCCAAAGAGUUGAUUGGUUGGUGCACAAGCUGACAACUGAACUGCAUUCAAGCUACUGGCUUGACCGUUAUGCAGAUGAAUGUGAUUCUUUUCAAAAUGUUAAGGAAGAAUACAUUGCUUCUACAUCAUGGCACAGGGCACUGCAAAUUCCUGAUUCUGCUGUUAGCUUGGAUGACAAAGACCAUCUCUAUGCCAAGGUCUUAAGCCAGAAGGACAGCAGCACUGUGCAUCUUGUGUGGAAUCCUGGUUCAGAAUUCUCUUUCUGCGAUUGUGCAUGGUCAAUGCAAGGAAACCUUUGCAAGCAUAUCAUCAAAGUCAAUAUGAUCUGUGAAAGUCGUCAGGGUUAUCAACCUUCCAUGUCUUUUCAGUCAUUCAAAGAGUUGCUGAUGAGCCUAUUGAAAAAACCAAUGGAUGAUUCAGUUGCACUCGAUCAGUCGAUGGCCUGGACUAUGCAGAUGUUCGAUCAAAUACGAAAGCUUGUAGAAGUGACGAGUUCUAAUGACAUUGGCACCGUGGUAAACAAUCUGCCAUUGCAGUGGGUUUCUAAGAAAGGCAGAACAGGUGUUGGAAAGCCAUCAACUUCUCUGGCACUUCCUUCUGGUUCCAUUGAUACAAACAGAGCUGCAGCAGCAAGGAAAAAGAACCGGAAGCGAAAGAGGUUGUCAAGAUUGAGAUAAUUGUUUUAGGUUGGCAGAUUAGAUAUAUGAUUCCCUACUUUCACAACUCCCUUUUGUUUCACAUUCAUUUUGAAAGAAAUAUAAAGAAAAAAAUUCAUUUCCAGUUGUGUCAAGUUUU